AGCCAAUCUUAUCUCUGGUGGAGUGAUAUUCCAUUGACAGGAAGCCAUCAAUUUCUCUUGGUCCCACUGUGUGUAAUGGAUGGGACCCACAAUUUUCUUUCUAUUCCACCGUUUCCAGGUAUUGCAUUGUCUAUUAUUAUGUACAUGUGAUCUACAGUUAGAUUUGCAGUUUAAGAUUAAUGGAAACUUAAUAAUUCAGAUCUUAACCAAGAACCUAGGAAUUAUUGAGAUAGCAUCUAAGAAUAUAGGCAGUUCCACGCAGGGUGGCUCUUGUAAAAUUAGGGUGUUCAGUAAUGAAAUACUGAAAAAGUCAGUAUUUACAGAUAUCAAGAUAGUCCUUUAGGUAGAAUACAAUAAUUUUUUUUAGAAUAGAUUUUUUUUAUUGGCCAAGUGUGAUUGGACGCACAAGGAAUUUGUCUUAGUGCAUAUGCUCUCAGUGUACAUAAAAGAAAAGAUACCUUCAUCAAGAAUUCUAAGGUUCAAUACUUAAUGAUAGUCAUAGGGUACAAAUAAGCAAUCAGGAAACAAUAUCAAUAUAAAUCAUAAGGAUACAAGCAACAAAGUUACAGUCAUACGGUCAUAAGUGGAAAGAGAUGGGUGAUGGGAACAAAGGGAAUAUUAAUAGCAGUGCAGACUUAAUAAAUAGUUUGACAGUGUUGAGGAAAUUAUUUGUUUAGCAGAGUGAUGGCGUUCGGGGGAAAAUUGUUUUUGUGUCUAGUUGUUCUGGUGUGCAAUGCUGUAUAGUGUUGUUUUGAGGAUAGAAGUUGAAACAGUUUAUGUCCAGGAUGUGAGGGUAUCACUCAGGGUUCCAAUCACAAUUGGAUUUCUUUUCCAUAAGCACCUAACUUCAAUCUGCAAGUCCUGGUAUUUCUUAAUUUUAUCCAAUUGCUUCUUUUCAAUUCUAGCAUCACCAGGAAUAAAAACAUCAGUGAAGCAGACUUUUUUUUUCUUUUCAAUAAUUAUUGACAAGAAUAAUUUUCAAUUAUUCUUUCAAUUAUUCACAGGCAUGUUACAAAUAAGGUGCCUAUCUUUUGGAUCUUAAAAUCCCGUAAGAUCUUAACCCAUUCAUUUUUCCAAAACCUUCUCAACUUAAUGGUCUUACUGCAAUAGACUCCUCAACUUUUCAAAUGUGGAUCAAAUAAAGAUUAAGAUGCCUUAAAAGUUAAUCCAAGUUUUGCAAGAGAGCGGGGGAGCUACAUUUUUAUAUUAGACCACAAACACAGGAAAUUAUGGCUAAGUAGCAUUUCCAAUGAGAAACUAUCCCAUUAUAUCCACUAUAAGAACUAAUUGAUUAGAAUAAUGAGAUCUGCUUUGUUGUUUAAUAAUGCAAGAUUUAUAUAAGCACUAUAAUUUAAAUUCAGAAUAAUCUUAAUUUUGAGCGUUCUUCCAAACAUAUAUCCUAUCACUGGACAUCACACGCCUCUACUUUGCAUGGUAACUGCAAACUGUGCCAACCUCCUGCUACAUAGUGAAUAUGUGUGCCAUCCUUUUUUCCCAUGAAAAGCCAAUUGAGGCAGUAUCUAGUGUCUGCCAGGCCAAAAGUGUUUCCAAGGAAGUUAUCUUUCUCUUCCAUGUGUUCUUGCCCUGUUUGCUGUGGGUUGGGAUGAGGGGGUAAAGGUCAUGCAUGACUAAUGUUAUUUGCUCAGUUGCUUUCUUCACUCUAAAGUUUCGGUAAUGGUGGCAGAUCCUAUAUUCCUACAGAGCCCAGUUUUAAUUCAGGUAGAAGUGUUUCUGAAGACAUCUUGCUGUUGAAUUGUCCAUUCAUCCCCUGAGGUUACCACAAGCAUCAAUGGAGACUGUUGUGAUUGUAGCUAUUGGGGUUUUGGCAACCAUCUUCCUGGCUUCUUUUGUGGCUUUGGUUGUGGUAUGUAGGCAGCGUUACUGCCGACCCAAGGACUUCUUGAGUCAUUAUGAUACCAGGCCUAUUGUUGACCUAAUUGGCACCAUGGAGACACAGUCUGAACCCUCUGAAUUGGAGAUGGAUGAUGUGGUAAUAACAAACCCACAUAUUGAAGCAAUCCUGGCAAAUGAGGACUGGAUUGACGAUGCUUCGGGCCUGGUCUCUCACUGCAUUGCUAUCCUAAAGAUCUGCCACACUCUCACUGAGAAGCUUGUUGCCAUGACAAUGGGGUCAGGAGCUCAAAUGAAGUACCCAGCAAGCCUGAAUGACAUUAUUGUGGUGGCCAAACGAAUCAGCCCAAGGGUAGAUGAUGUGGUCCGAUCUAUGUAUCCACCACUGGACCCCAAACUGUUAGAUGCCAGGACGACAGCGCUGCUGCUCUCGGUGAGUCACUUGGUGCUGAUCACGCGGCAUGCCUGUCAGUUCCCCAGCCACAUGGACUGGAUCGACCAAUCCUUGUCCGCGGCGGAGGAGCAUGUGAGCGUGCUGCGCGAGGCAGCCUUGGCUUCAGAAGCAGAGCGAGUUCCUUCUGGGUCGGAAGGCUUUCUGCAGGAGCAGUCUACAAUUUGAGAACAAGGGGAAGCGGAGAGGGUACCCGUGUCAGAAAUGGCUCUGUGGUUUCUCUUCUUCAUAGAGCAUCGCUGAUGAUUUUGCAUAAUGACUGUUAUCCUGAAGAUGACAGAAGCGCCCCCUCAACUGUUCUAGUCUUGCAUCUGGAUUAGUGACUGUGAGAUAUAAUCAUGCUGGAGGGGGUAGAACAGGGAAGGAGGACAUCGUAUUAUUGUUAGUACUUUUUGUCUGCAAUCAUAAAUAUUUUUGCCAUGGCAUUUGUUAUUUGUAGUUAAAGCCAAGAAAAAAAAGGAGGGAUUAUAUACAGGUAGUCCUCGAUUUAAGACCACAAUUGAGCCCCAAAUUUCUAUUGCUAAGCAAGGCAGAUGUUAGAUAUUUUGUUCCAUUUUAUUAUUUUUCUUACCACCGUUGUUAAGCAAAUCACUGCAGGUGUUAAGUUUGUAACAUGGUUGUUAAGUGAAUCUGAUUUCCCCAUUGACUUGUGAGGAUAUUAUAAAAUGUAAAAUCACAUAAUCACUGGGACAAUGCAGUUCUCAUAAAUACAUGCCAAUUGUAAAGUGUCCGAAUUUUGAUCACGUGAUCACGGGGAUGGUGCAAUGAUCAUAAGUGUGAAAAAUGAUGUCAUUUUUUUGUGCUGUUGUGACUUAAUGGUCAGUAAACAAAUGGUUGUAAAUCGAGGACUACCUGUAUCAAAACUCACAUGGGUAGUUAAGUGACAGUCGCCAUUAUUACAGGCACAUAACCCUGGGCCUUGGUGUCUUUGAUAGCAAUUCCCCUACCCAUUAUUUACUUGAUUCUGAAACAUUUUCCAGUUUCUGCAAAACCAAUUCUAUACUUCUUUGGAUUCUAACUCAUGUUUUCUUUCUAUAGGAAAAUAAUGUGUAUAGUGUAAUAAUUAGGAGAUUGUAGAGGAAUGAACAGCUGAUUGCAUCAUUAAAUUCCUCUUGCGUAAUUGCAGGUUGACUGUGAAACCAUUCAGAUGUAUAUAGAGUGAGUUUCCCCUCUCAUUCAGAUUUGUAAAAAAUAGUUCUCUUCAUGUAUUCAUUUAUUGCUAAUAUUAAUGUAGGACAAAAACCUAUUUUCUUAUGAAGAUAAAUCUGAAUGUUAGCUAGCUAAGCUUUAACUAGAACCUAUUGUUCACCCAAGUAUUUCCAGACUGGGUCUUUUCCUUUCCUGAUUUGCCCUUUGCACAGAUUUUUGUUUACAUACUCCUAUCACUCCUAUUAUCACUACUACUUUCAUGAAAACUUAAUAAAAAAUUAUAGCUUCAACCAUUUCAGUUUGAAAAGGAAGUAUUUAUUGACCAAGUUGAAUCUUGCUUGCUUAGGCUGUUCAUAGUAAUCAGCAGCAUUACUGAAAAAAAUUAACAUACAUGCAAUGCAGAUAAUGAAAUCAUUGUCCACUUUUGACAAAAAUCUGUCUUCUCUAAUCUUUAACCUUACAGCUUUCAUAAUUCUAAGCCCUAAUUCUGCUUCAAUACAAAAUAAUUGCUGGAAUAAUUGCAGCACCAUUUUAAUAUUAACUAUGUAAAAUAAUGCAUUCCAGAGUGCUAACUGCAGAGUUCUCCCACCGAAAACAAUCAAAUUUUCUGCUAUGCACAAGCUUAUAUUGCUUAGAUAUCAUUUCCCUAUAACUUUCCUAUAGGAAUCAUACGUGGAUCAAGCUAUGUUUUGCUUAGUUCACAUUUGCAGAGUUCUGCCAACAUUUGGAGGAAUAGUUGAAAUGCUGGUUGCUACCAUUUAUACAAAUUGGCAACAUUGUAAAACACUUCUCUACUUUUGAGAGCAUUCAGUAGUGUUGGAAAAUACACAGAAUAGGGGGAACAUACAAUCAACAAAUGUAAUGUUGAUAAUUGUUUUUUGCCAGCUCAGCAGGGACCCCGAUGUAACUUAUUGACCACUUCAACUUCAGAAAGGAAAAGAUGUUUAGAGUAUCUUAAAUGUCAUUGUCUGACAUUUACAUUAUCAUCACAUAUAUUAUCAUGUAUAUCCGAAUCAAAUAUUUCCCUACAUAUGUUAUCUGUUCAUGUUAGAAGAUGCAUUUCAAUGAAGCUGCUAUAAACCAAU